AUGGCGGCCUCCUUGCGUCUCGGUCGUCAAGGAAUUUUAUUCGGACUUAAAUUAUCUAACUUAAACAAAUCUUUAUGGAGCACGCAGUCAUUACAGGAGAAUGCCAGACAUUUUUUUCAGUCUCCAUGGGUCUCUGGUGUUGCCCCGCUAAAUGUGCAAAUGCCGGCUCUCUCACCCACCAUGGAGGAGGGAAACAUUGUAAAAUGGCUGAAGAAAGAAGGUGAAGCAGUGGCGGCAGGCGAUGCCCUCUGUGAAAUUGAGACUGACAAAGCUGUAGUCACCAUGGAAUCUAAUGAUGAUGGUAUCUUGGCAAAAAUUUUGGUAGAGGAGGGAAGUCGCAACGUGCGACUGGGAACACUAAUUGCUGUCAUGGUGGAAGAAGGACAGGACUGGACACAGGCUGAGAUUCCAUCUCAAACUGCACCUCCACCUACUAUACCUGAGACUGUUGACACUGCUGCGCCCCCUGCUGCUCCUUCACCACCUUCUCCACCAAAAACAGUCCCAAUAGAAGUAUUACGACUAAGCCCGGCAGCAAGACACAUCCUGGACACUCAUGGUGUUGAUCCAAAACUCGCCACACCUACUGGACCCAGAGGACUAAUCACUAAGGAAGAUGCAUUAAAUCUUCUGAAGAAGACUCCAGUGCCAAAAGCGACUGCCCCACCACCUCCGAGUCCGGCCCUAACCCCAGCAGCUAUUGCAUCACCACUAGGCAGCAGACCAAACAUACCUCCGCUUUCUGUACCUGGAAAGCCAGGCGCACCGGGCACUUUCACAGAGCUUCCAGCAUCAAAUGUCCGCCGCGUGAUCGCUCAAAGACUAACGCAGUCAAAAACCACCAUCCCCCAUGCUUACGCCUCUAUUGACUGUGACAUGGCUGCAGUCAUGAAGCUACGUAAAGACUUAGCCAAAGACCAGAUCAAAGUUUCUGUUAAUGAUUUCAUUAUCAAGGCAGCUGCUGUCACACUUCAGGAGCUACCAGAUGUGAAUGUGAGCUGGUCAGAUAACGGACCCCAAGCACUUGAUUCUAUUCACAUUUCAAUUGCUGUUGCAACUGACAAAGGCCUCAUUACCCCCAUCAUCAGAGAUGCUGCAAACAAAGGAGUUCAGGAGAUCUCAGUUAAUGCAAAGGCAUUGGCUCAGAAGGCUCGAGAUGGAAAACUUUUACCUGAAGAGUACCAGGGAGGCUCAUUCAGCAUAUCCAACUUGGGGAUGUUUGGCAUUAGUGGCUUCAGUGCUGUGAUCAACCCUCCGCAAGCUUGCAUACUUGCUGUCGGGACCUCCAGAGCCCAAUUAAGUCUGUGUGAGGACAACCAGACACUAGGCACCCGACAUCUGAUGACAGUCACCUUGUCGAGUGACGGGCGGCUUGUCGAUGACGAACUGGCCUCGAGAUUUCUUGAAAAAUUUCGUGCCAAUCUGGAGGAACCUCACCGCAUGGCAUUAGCUUAA